AUGGCCAAUAUUUUUCGACGUCUACGCAAGGGCAUCAAGUCCCGACGGUCCUCUAAGGACGAAUAUACCAAACUUGCCGAGCUAGAACAAGAAUUGUCUCGAGCCAUCAAUGCAGUAUGCGAGCUUCAGACGCGGCUCGCAGAGCAUGAUUUUAUGCUCGCGCACACCACCUCAAGUAACCCCACUCUCGCUAUUCCCUCUCUAGAAUCUGGUUCUCAAUCUCUGUCUGACAUUCCUAGAACAAUUUCGCCAACAGAAAUAACGCCAACCUCUAUUGAUGAUAUCUGGCUCUGUUCAUACAGUGGCACAUUACUCGUAGAUGCAGAAGAGCGGUGGAAACGUGAUGACCCAGAGCUUGCAAUGGAACUUGCCUCGCGGGUUAUUAGUCAUAACCCCUUUCUGUGCGAACUUGAUGAGAUGCGAUGUCGACUUUUUAUUGCUGCCGUUCAACACUAUCUUUGCCAAUAUAAAGAGUCCAUGAUGAGCCUUGAGACGAUUAUGCAAAUUAACGACUGCUAUGCCGUCUUGAACAACCCAGAAUCUAGCAUUAUAACCGGCAUUACUCAUUUUAUCAAAGGAAUGAACCUCAUGAAACUUGCAAGGUUCCCGGAGGCUUACGUGACGCUUUCACGAGCACUAAAAAUACCAGGCUACAGCGAAAAGGCCCGUGAGAUUCAAAAGGAAGCUGUCAUUGAAUUUACUCGCAGAGAGGCUGCUGAGUUUGAUCACUCGCCGGCAGCGUCUACCCACGCAUUAUUAGACUGGGAAGAUAGUGAAUCAUCUUGA